UGUACUAAAUGGCGACUAUGCCGCUACUGCAACCCAAUGCGGAGCAGACCCAGGCUUUAUUGGAGAGAUGUUCAAAUAUAAAAGAACUGGAUCAGAUUCAUGGCCAAUUGUUGAAAAAAGGCACCAUCAUGCACCAGAUAACAUUAAGCAAGCUAUUGGCUUCAUACGCAUCAAAAGAGUUAGGCAACUUAGCCUAUGCUCGUGUGGUUUUUGACAGAAUAAGCUCACCAAAUACUGUUAUGUGGAACACCAUGAUAAGAGCAUACUCAAACAGUAACGACCCAGAAGCAGCGCUGCUUUUGUACCAUCAAAUGCUUCACCAUUCAGUACCUCACAAUGCUUACACUUUCCCUUUCCCUCUAAAAGCGUGUUCUGCCCUCUCAGCCUUUGAAGAAACCCAGCAAAUCCACGCUCACAUUAUCAAAAGGGGUUUUAGUUCCGAGGUUUAUGCCACAAACUCCCUCCUUCGUGUUUAUGCAAUUUCAGGCAGCAUCGAAGCUGCACAAGUCCUAUUCAACCGGCUUCCCUCGCGAGAUAUUGUUUCUUGGAAUACAAUGAUUGAUGGGUAUAUAAAAUGUGGAAACGUAGACAUGGCCUACAAGAUUUUUCAAGCUAUGCCAGUGAAGAAUGUUAUCUCUUGGACAACCAUGAUUGUUGGCUUUGUUAGAACAAGCAUGCACAAAGAGGCUCUGUCUCUUCUACAGCAAAUGCUGGUUGCAGGCAUCAAACCUGAUAGUAUAGCACUAAGUUGCUCUCUUUCAGCUUGUGCAGGCCUUGGUGCAUUGGAGCAAGGCAAGUGGAUUCACACUUAUAUUGAUAAAAACGAAAUAAAAAUAGAUCCUGUUUUGGGUUGUGUUCUUAUAGACAUGUAUGUCAAAUGUGGUGAAAUGGAAAAAGCCCUGCUAGUGUUCAGUAAGUUGGAGAAGAAAUGUGUCUAUUCAUGGACGGCAAUAAUUGGUGGUUUUGCAGUCCAUGGAAAGGGAAGAGAAGCUCUAGAUUGGUUUAUCCAAAUGCAGAAAGCAGGAAUCAAGCCAACUUCGGUCACUUUCACUGCAAUUCUGACAGCAUGUAGUCAUGCAGGACUAACUGAAGAAGGAAAGUCCCUGUUUGAGAGCAUGAGUACUGUUUACAACAUGAACCCUUCUGUGGAACAUUAUGGAUGCAUGGUGGACCUUCUGGGUCGUGCAGGGUUGUUGAAAGAAGCAAAGGAGUUCAUAGAGUCCAUGCCCGUAAAGCCAAAUGCUGCAAUGUGGGGAGCACUGCUCAAUGCCUGCCAUCUACACAAAUAUCUUGAGCUUGGUAAAGAGAUUGGCAAAAUUCUGAUUGAAUUGGACCCCGAUCAUAGUGGCCGGUAUGUUCAUUUGGCAAGCAUUUAUGCUGCAGCUGGAGAAUGGAACCAAGCGGUUCAAGUGAGAAGCCAGAUAAAACAUAGGGGACUGCUAAAUCUUCCAGGAUGCAGUAGCAUCACCCUGAAUGGGGUUGUCCACGAGUUCUUUGCUGGGGCUGGAUCCCACCCACAUAUACAAGAGAUAUAUGACAUGCCCAAUCUUAUUGCGAACGGAUAUGAUAUGUUUGGGAGCUAA